GCUGGGGGGCUGGACUGGAGCAUUGUGCUGUCAGUGCUGCACACGGUGCAGACUGGAUCAGUCCGCUCACUGUCACACUGUCACAGAUAAACUUCACAUCUAAGUGGACAUGCGGAAACUACACGAGACAGGACGUGAAAGACACACAUGCUAAAGACAUUCCUAUAAACCUUCCUACCGGCACAUGUGUGGACAGACUGUCCUCCCUCUUGUGGUUGACUCAGGAUUCUCCUGUAGAGCCCGGUGGUGGGAAACCCAGUCCGAGGUCUCAAGGCCUCGAUGGUGAACGCUCUUCUUAGAGGACGUCGUCAUAAUACGCGAGCUGCAGAGAGAUGGCAGACAGUGCAGGGCUGCAGUUUGUCAGCAGCUAUGCUUUUGAAGCCAUGCAGAAGGUGGAUGUAGUGCGCCUGGCUGCCCUCAGUGAUCCAGAGCUCAGGCUGCUGCUUCCCUGCCUGGUGAGGAUGGCUCUGUGCGCCCCAGCUGAUCAGAGCCAGUCCUGGGCUCAGGACAAGAAGCUCAUCCUUCGCCUGCUCUCAGGAGUGGAGGCUGUCAAUUCCAUUGUUGCUCUUUUGUCUGUUGACUUUCACGCCUUGGAGCAGGAUGCACGGAAGGAGCAGCAGCUUAGGCACAAGGCCGGCGGCUCUAACGGAGAGAGCAUCCUGGUGUCACAGCUUCAGCAUGGACUGACCCUGGAGUUUGAACACAGUGAUCCCCUGAGGAGGCUCCGUCUGACCCUCAGUGAACUGUUGGCCAUCAUGAAUAAGGUGACAGACUCAAAUGGAGAAUUUUUCUUAAAGUCUUCUGAACUUUUUGAAAGCCUGGUUUACUUGGAAGAGGUCGCAGAUGUCCUCUGUAUUUUACAAGCAGAGCUGCCGUCCUUGCUACCCAUUGUGGAUGUGGCAGAAGCUCUGCUACAUGUGCGCAAUGGUGAUUGGUUUCUGUGUCUGUUGGUUGCCAAUGUCCCUGACAGCUUCAAUGAAGUUUGCAGAGGUUUGAUCAAGAAUGGAGAACGUCAGGAUGAGGAGAGUCUGGGUGGUCGACGCAGGACUGAAGCACUGCGACAGCUAUGUCAGAUGAACCCCUCACAAGCCCUCAACAUCAGAGCUAUGGUGGUGGAGGAGUGCCACCUGCCUGGUCUGGGUGUGGCCCUGACUCUUGACUAUAAACCAGAGACACCAGAUGAAGCUGUCAGUCCUCUGGUGUCUUAUGUAAGCGGACUGCUGCUGGGUACCAACAGCAAAGUCCGUACCUGGUUCAGCAUGUUUAUUCGCAAUGGACAACAGCGAAAGAGAGAAAGCAGCUCGGUACUGUGGCAGAUGCGCAGGCAGCUGCUGCUGGAGCUGGUCGCCAUCCUGCCGCGCUCACGCAGCACCCACGUGCCCAAUGACGGUGACAUGGGAGGGGAAGGCAGCUCAGGGUAUUCUGGCCUGAGAGAGGAGCAUGUGGUGAAGGCCAGUGCUCUGCUCCGACUCUACUGUGCCCUCAUGGGCAUCGCAGGCCUCAGACCAACAGAUGAAGAGGCAGAGCAGCUACUACAGCUGAUGACCAGCCGGCCUCCAGCAACUCCUGCUGGCGUUCGCUUUGUUUCCCUGUCCUUCUGCAAGCUGCUCGCCUUCCCCACUCUGGUCAGGUACACAAAGUCUUGUCUUUUCAUAUGUUGGAAUCACAAAUCCUAUUCAGCUAACAGUCCUGCUGCGGGCGUAUCUGCUUCUUUUGGAGAGAUGCUAUUACUGGUUGCCAUGUAUUUCCAUAGCAACCAGCUCAGCUCCAUUAUUGAGUUGGUGUGCUCUACUUUGGGGAUGAAGAUUGCCAUCAAGCCGAGCUCUCUGAGCAAGAUGAAGACGAUCUUCACACAGGAAAUCUUUACAGAACAGGUCGUCACAGCCCAUGCGGUUCGGGUCGCUGUGACCAAUAACUUAAGUGCAAACAUCACAGGAUUCCUCCCAAUUCACUGUAUCUACCAGCUGCUUCGGAGCCGAGCCUUCACCAAGCACAAAGUGUCCAUCAAGGAUUGGAUUUAUCGCCAGCUCUGUGAGACCACCACCCCCAUCCACACCCAGCUGAUCCCUCUAAUUGAUGCCUAUAUCAACUCCAUCCUCACCCCAGCAUCCAAGGCCAACCCAGAGGCCACUAACCAGCCUAUCACUGAGCAGGAGAUACUCAGUGUCUUCCAGAGCGCUGCUGGGCAAGGGGAGGGUGGUCGAGGGGGAAGGCAACGCUACUCCAUCACCACCCAACUGCUUAUCCUCUACUACAUCCUGUCAUAUGAGGAGAAUCUGCUGGCCAGCACCAAACAACUAGCCCUGAUGCAGAGGAAACCAAAGUCGUACUCAGCAGCAUUGAUGGACCAAAUCCCCAUUAAGUACUUGGUUACCCAGGCCCAGGGACUGCAGCAGGAGCUUGGGGGCCUGCACUCUGCCCUGCUGAGGCUGCUGGCCACCAACUACCCCCACCUGUGUCUAGUGGAGGACUGGGUGUGUGAGGAGGAGGUGACUGGCACCCUGCCCCUGCUGAGGAGAAUGAUGCUCCCCAGCAACACCUGCAGAUACACUCAGAGCCAGCUCCACCAGGCCUUCCAGAAGUUGCCGUCCAGCAGUCCCAGGUUGAUGCGCAUCCUGGAGCACUUAACGCUGCUUUCACCUGGAGACCUGAUCCCUUACGCAGAAGCACUCACAGCCAGCAUGGCUCUGCUGCUGGAGCCCUCUGUGCCUCGUCGCAUAUUGCAGACCCUCAACAAGCUCUGGAUGGGCCUCAACACUGUGAUGCCCCGCAGGUUGUGGGUGAUAACAGUAAACGCCCUCCAAGCCUCAGCGAAGCUGCUUAGACAGCAGACAUACACUCAAAACGACCUGAUGGUGGAUCCUCUCAUUGUGCUGCGCUGUGAUCAGAGGGUGUACAGGUGUCCUCCCUUGAUGGACAUAGUUCUUCACAUGCUGAAUGGCUACCUGCUAGCCUCAAAAGCCUACCUACACUGCCACCUGAAAGAGACAGCUGACUUUGAACGGCAGAGCCAGACAGUCUCAAGCCUGGGGGUGCCUGGACAGCCAGAUACACCUGAGGUCACCAGGGAGGAACUGAAGAACGCACUUCUUGCUGCACAGGACAGCGCAGCAGUCCAGAUUCUCCUUGAGGUGUGUCUGCCAACUUCCGAGGAGCAGCAGCAGGGGGCCAACACAGAGAGCCUGCUGAAGAGCAUCAAGGGUCCCAUGCCAGGGAAAUUGAAAGAGGGAAGCCCGGGGCUGAGAGCCAGCAGAGGCGUGGAGGAUGCUGAGCCAGAGGGAGGCCUGCUCAGUGACUUGAGGGAGGUGCAAUGUCUGAUCUGUUGUCUGCUCCAUCAGAUGUUCAUCGCUGACCCCAACAUCGCCAAGUUGGUUCACUUUCAGGGUUACCCUCAAGCUCUGUUGCCUUUAACUGUGGCAGGCAUCCCCUCCAUCCAUAUCUGUUUGGACUUCAUCCCAGAGCUGCUGGCCCAGCCCCAGCUGGAAAAGCAGAUCUUUGCAAUCCAAUUGCUGUCAUACUUGUGUACCCAGUACGCUCUCCCCAAGUCCCUCAGUGUGGCCAGGUUGGCCAUCAGUGUGAUGGGCACACUCCUCACAGUGCUGACUCACGCCAAGCGUUUCUCCUUCUUCAUGCCCACGCUGCCGUGCCUGGUGGCCUUCUGCCAGGCCUUCCCCCCACUCUAUGAUGAAGUGGCAGCUCUGUUGGUACAAGUGGGUCAGGUUUGUGCCUCUGAUGUAGCCACCAAAGCCAGGGACGUUGACCCUCUCAUUGCCCGCCUGCAGUAUCUGAAAGAGAAACCUCAGGAAGCUGUGGUUAAAGGAGGAGGUGUCUCCUCAAAGCUGACUUUGCCUCAGAAGACAGCAGAGGAACUGGGCGGAACUGACCCUGAUGUCCAACUGUGUUACUGUAUAGAAGCAACAUUCAUGGACAUCAUCAGCUCCACCCUUCAUGGACUAUAGGCCAUACACAUUCUGGAGGAGGGACUACGCUUUAACCAACAACUCUUAACACGGACCCUGAUAGACGUUCACACCCCUGAGAAGUACGGCUGCACGAUAUAAUGAAAACAUCCGAUAUGCGAUAACGUUGUUGAAUAUCGCGAUUAUGUUAACAUAUUUGUAUGAUCUGCAUUUCUUGUAUGACAUACCAUACAAAAAAGUUUAUAAUUAUUCAAUUAUAUCGGUCAAUAUCGCCAAUUAAAAUGUUACGUUAUUUUCCAUUUUAGGUUUAAAGACACUGAUUUUUGCUCCAUAAACAUUUUUUUUUUUAACUCUGAGGUUCAUAGGUAGAUCAAGUAUGCUACCUCUUCUCUGUGUUUAAACAGUGCAUGAGCAAAUUAAUUGCUAUAUAUUAUACUUUUGAUAUAUUGCAAUCGAUUAAAUGUAUCUUUUGAUAUUGUUGUAUUUCCCAGCCUUAGUGUUAAUUUGAGUCUCUUCGUUUUUACUGUCAGUAAUUUACUGCUCCUCUCUGCGUCUCCAUCAUUCGAGCUGCACACUGCACCAACCAUCUCAAACCAAACUGAGCGCGCCGCCAUCUCCUCCAGCUACAUAUAUUCACUGUUUACAAAUUCUGUUGUUUUUGCUCAGUCGCUGACUCUACAUGUGUGUCAGAUUAUAUUCUGAACAUCUUUAUUUAUUAUCUAGGGCAGCAGGGCUCUAUCUGAUUGAAAUAUAUUGACAUUGAAAUAUAUGACUUUGCGAAACAUCUAUCACGUAUGUUUAUUGUGAAGACGAUACAUUUUCGAUAUAUCGUGCAGCCCUGCUGAGAAAGUCUUGUGUCAGCACACGUCUACUUAUCUUCAACAAAUGGACCUGGAUGUUGACUUCAUCAAGGGCUUUCAUUUAAAGUCAGGUUGUGGGUUGCCUUCAUUCUCUACACAUAUUGGGAUAUGCACAGUUUAACCACUCUGGUCUGUCACUGUUUCUGUCAGUCAUGUUAAGAAAAAUACAUUCUUUACCAGCAGGCUCCUUCUUGACACGUUACAAAUAAAAAAACAAGUUUCAAUGUGUGUGAAUGUGCUCUGUGACAGUUUGUAGAAAGUAGAAUACUGAAAAUGUUAAAUAGGUAAAUUUUCUUGACCUCGGUUGGUGUAUUUUUCUAAGCUGCAAGUGUUUUAACUAUUCUCAGCUAUUGAAAUGUAUGUAGAGCUUUUAUAUUGUAUUUGUAAUAAAACAAAAAAUCUUUUCUUUGA